AUGGAUAUAUCAAUUCAAACACGUGAACUUUUAGAGAGGUUAUUCAAUGAAAAGUUAAAGCCAGUAUUAACUAAUAUAAACGAUGUGAGAGGAAAAUUAGAUGAGGUUAUUCACUCUAUGGACUUUUUAAGUUCACAGUAUGAUGUUAUUGAGCAAAAAUUCACCAAAUCCGAAGAAGUAAUUAAAGAAACCAACCAAGAAAAUCAACGUCUAAAAAAUGAAGUUUCUAGACUCACAAUCAAAGUUCAAGAACAAAGAGACAUUGCAAAUGACCUCGAACAAUAUAUUAGGCGAGAUUGCCUGGAAAUUAAAGGAAUACCACAACGUGAGGGCGAGAAUACUGACUCGUUGGUGAUGCAUUUGGCCAAUGAGUUGGGUGUAGAUGUAAAAGAUGAGGACAUCAGUCAUCGCUUGCCAACAUCAUACUCAACACGACAAAAUCAGGACCCGAUGAUCAUCGUUAAAUUUACGGGCAGAAAUAUCAGAGAUAGAUUCUAUCAAUCUCGUAAGGGAUUGAGGGGAAAAGCAACACGUAAUUUCGGCCUCAGCAAGGUUGCAGAAAAUCCAAUCUUUAUCA